UCUUUAACCUCUUCUACUGACUUUCCCUGACCCUCUGCUCAACCAUGCAUCUCUCCUACGCGCAGGCCGCUUUCUCUGUCCUUUCUACCCUCUCCCUCUUCCCUUCCUCCCUGGCGGCCUCUUUGACUAGACGCGCUACCACCUGCAAUGGCCACCCCGAGUUCUGUGACAGGAGCUUCGGAAACGUCUCCUUUGUUGGUGCCCACGACUCCUACGCGGUCGGAACAAACAACUUGGCAACAAAUCAAGAUUAUGACGUGACCCAGCAAUUGAAUGACGGCAUUCGCAUGCUGCAAAUGCAAGCCCAUUUAUCGAGUAACGUUAUUCAUUUGUGCCAUACAAGCUGCAUUCUCUACGAUGGUGGAACGUUGCAGGACUACCUCACCAAGGUCAAAACUUGGAUGGAUGCCAAUACGAAUGACGUUGUUACACUUCUGAUCGUGAACUCGGACCAAAUUACGCCUGCCCAGUUUGAUUCGGUGUUCCAGGCCGCGGGUCUGAAGGAUCUGUCUUACACGCCUUCGUCAUUCCCGGUGACAAACACUCAGUGGCCCACGCUCGGGAGUAUGAUUGACAGUGGUAAGCGGCUAGUGACGUUCCUGGAUGCCGGGGCAGACUCCUCAUCGGUGCCGUACAUCAUUGAUGAAUUCACAAACAUGUGGGAAACGGCAUUUGACGUCACGGAUCCCACGUUCGAUUGCAAUGUGAACAGGACGAAGGGUGACUCGUCAACACAGCUGUACACGAUUAAUCACUUCCUGGACAUGGAUGUGAACAUCAUUGCAUCAACGGUAGCGCCCAACAAGGGCGCGCUGAACACGACGAACGCGGCUAAUGGCACUGGUUCUCUUGGCCUGCAGGCUUCCCAAUGCGGAGCCGAGUAUGGCCGAUACCCUAAUUUCAUGCUCGUCGACUUCUAUGAAUACGGCGGAGGCUCUGUAUUCCAGGUUGCGGCGACGUUGAACGGCGUCACGUACUCUCCCUCGUCGGCGAUCGCCACCCCGAUCCCGGACACGUCAAGCAGCAGCGGCUCAUCGAGCAGUGGCAGUAACAGUGCUGCAUUACCCGCGUUGUCCGUUCCUCAUGGACUGUGGGCGAGCAUGGUGACGUCAGUUGCAGGAAUAGCUGUGGGAGCAUGGACUAUUCUAUGAGUAUUCAUUGAUUGAAGACAUUUAUAAAAAGAGACUAUUUACGGAUUAAUUUUGGAUACGGACCGCAUUAAGCAUUUGAGUAGUAGCCGUGAUUAGAUAGUGUCGGGUCGGGCUCCUGUAACUAUUGAUUGAUUGAUUAUUGUUUGGCCAGGCAGGACAAACGGAGAUUUGAUCUGCUUCCGCCUAUCCUCUAAAAGAUUCCGGCCGG